AUGUCGUCAGACACCAAAAACAAGGAUGUUUCGCCUUAUGAAGGUGAUGACUCUGAAGUCCAGCAGGGUGAAUCCCAUGAAACCCUUCAUCGUGUAUACAAUACAUGGACAGCCACCGCAUAUCAGGUCCUUAUGAUGGCAAGCUGGACCUGCAAUAUCGUUCUUUACUCAACUGUAUACGAUAUUGGCGGGCCCAUGAUGCUCAUAUACUCGACGAUUAUCGUUACAAUUGGACAGGGCUUUUUAAUGGCUUCGUUGGCUGAGCUGUGCUCAGUGUGGCCGUAUGCAGGUGGUCAGCAGGCUUUUACCAAGUACCUUGCACCCCACAGUAUUCGUCGGUUCCUAUCAUACCUCGUCGGGUGGGUCGUUCUCAUUGGAGAAAUCACUACAGCAGCUGGAUGUUCUAUGAAUAGUGCACAGAUCACUGCGGCCAUCAUCGAGCUACACUAUCCCGACUUUCAUCCAGAGAGCUGGAAUAUAUACCUCCUUUACGUCGCUAUGACAGUAUUCUCCCUUGUCUUCUGCUUUUCACAGAAGCAUCUGCCUGUCAUUGCCGUCAUAGGAUGCAUUAUCACGGUAGGAGGCGGUAUAGCAUGGGGUGCCUCGUUCCUUGCACUCUCCCCGAAACAAACAGCCAGUUUCGUCUUUACUCAAUUUAUGAAUAACUCCGGUUACCAUAGUUCUAUAUGGGUAGGUAUUAUGAGUUUCUAUACACCUAUCUAUGCAUUAUAUGGGACCGAUGGUAUUCUUCAUAUUGCCGAGGAAAUGCAGGAUGCUCCAAAAACCGCGCCGCGAGCUAUGGUAUACUCUAUGAUCUUGAGUGGUAUUACAUCUCUUAUAGGCGCUCUUAUUAUGGCCUUCUGCGCUGGAGAUUGGCAGGCUUAUAUGGAAUUCGAUUCUGCAGGUGGUAGCGCUCUUAUAGUUCUUGUCAUUGUUCUUCUUAACUUCCUAGUCACUGUUAGUGUCAACACAGCCUCGUCUAGACUUGUGUGGGGUAUGGCCUGCGAUCGUGCCUUGCCCUUUUCCAACGUCUUCGCCAAUAUCAAUCAAACAGCUCAGACACCGCUAAAUGCGCUGAUGCUUAAUAUCGUCGCAGAGCUAGCAUUUGGACUUGUACUUUUUGGGAGCGACUAUGCCUUCGAAAUCCUGGCCAGCUUGAGCGGAGUUGCUAUUCAAUUCGGAUAUUUGAUCCCAAUCUUGAUGCUUCUUAUUCGAGGGCGCAGCAUCCUCCCGGAUGAUCGGCAAUUCAAGCUCUAUCGAUUUGGCUAUGUUAUUAAUCUAGCUGCUGUGUGCUGGUCAUCACUUGUGAUUGUCAUCUUGUUCUUUCCUCUUUAUGUGCCAAUUACUGUUAAUAAUCUUUUGGAUAUGAAUUGGGCUAUUGUUCUUUUUACAGGAUUGGUUGUGUUUAUUGUUCUUGACUGGAUGUUUAGAGGUAGUUUUCAUUAUGUUAUUAUGGAAGAAUAG